AUGCUUCGAGCAGCAACAUCCUUACCCCUCCACCACCCACGCCCAAACCUCAACAUCUGCUCAGGAGGAAUAAUCCCCCUCCUACUCCCGCAAAUCCGCACAGCCCACUCAUCCCGCAGCAAUCGUUCCCCGAAACCCGCCGUACCCCGGCGGGCAGCGGAAACAAUGACAAUCCCACCCGCAGUCCUCCUCUCAGCCCACAAAUCGGGUGCAAGCUCGAUAUCCCCUGGCGCAGCUCAGGCACUAAUAAACGACUACGCGGGUAGAACCACGUCACCGCCGUCGGAAGCCCUGGGCGAGAAAUUCUGCAGCGGUUUAUCCCCAUUUCCUCCGAUCCCUAAUUCGGGACGGGAUAAAAAGUGGAAAAAACAAAGCUAAUUUAUCAACGGGAGGGAGGAAAAGACCACGAAGUAACGCCGGAGGAUUUGGCAAUCCUGACAAGUCUCCUCCUGCGCCUUAAUGCCCCCGGUAGUCUCCCACUGCUGAGGCACUUACUGACUACUUGCGCGCACAUGAAUGUGCCCAGCGCGGUGGUGCGCUUGCACUCCCUCCUCACGGCGCAAGUCCGCCGCGGGGGCGCGUCGGCAAUGACAGAGGCGGAUUUGGCUGCGACGACCAAGCGCCUGGCUAGGAUCGCGCCGGAGCAUGCGGGCGGAGCUUUCAGGAUGGGCGAGGCGAUGGAGAUGGCGGGAGAACUUGAUCGGGCGGAGGUGUGGUUCGAGAAGGCGGGUCAGGGGGAGGUCAUGGAGGGAUGGGUCAGGCUGGGCACACUGAGAAGGAACAAAGGUGAUUUACAAGGAGCUAGGGAGGCCCUUGAGAAGGCGGCGGAGAUGGGGAGCGCUAGGGGGUGUUAUUUCCUUGUGCAGGCGAUGGAGGAGGGGGAGGGGGGUGUGGAAGGGGCGGAGGAGGGGGAGGAGAUUAAAGGGGUUGGGGGGAAGAGGUUGGGGUUACUGACUAGAGCUGGGGCUGGUGGGGUCGUUGAGGCGGCCUAUGAACUUGGGUCUUAUUGGCGGGAGAGGGAGGCAAAGUUUGCUGAGGAGUGGUUUCUCGUUGCCGCCUCUCAGGGCCAUGUGGAGAGUAUUGUUGCUCUCGCUCAGCUAUUAAUGGAUAAGGGGAAUAUAUCGAGUGCCAAGAUUUGGGCGCAGAAGGCGGCGAACAUGGAAGGGGAAAUAGGAGCGUAUGGAACAGAGAUUUUACAAGAGCUGAGCAGGAUGGAAGAGGAGAGGCAGAAGGGGAGUUGUGAGGAGUAA